UCAAACUUGCCGGGAAAAGCAAACAAAAUUAUCUCUCCGACGACCCUCAAUUCUCCGCCAAUCUCUCAAAUUGACGUCAAGGGCAUCUCCAGAAAUCCCUCAGUUGACAAACCCUAGUCCCCAAAUUCCAUGAUCUGUAGAUGGAUUGCAUCCAAUUCAAGCAAAGUAUCUCGUAUCCUCUCUCCCUUUUCUUCUCUCUUAUCCACUAAAUCCUCCUUCUCCGUCGCCAAACUCGACGAUGAGCCAUUACCCACAUCCAAUUUCACUUCCGAUCACAGAGACUUGCAUCAAGAGAUUCUCCUUGGAAUGAAGAAGAAUGGGUUCCGUGAGUUUCUUCACGGGAAUCACUUUCGAGUUAUGGUUUCGGAACUGAGACAGGUUCAUGUAGAAGAGAUCAUGGCUGAAUUGAUGGCUGAAAGCUCGGAUCUUUCGGUUUGGUUUUUCAAAGAGCUAAGAGAUAUUUAUGGGUUUCGUCAUUCCAGGUUUUCGACAUUGUUGGUUUCACAUAUUUUUGCUGGUCAAAGACGUUUUAAAGAGCUUCAAGUGAUUCUGGAACAACUGCUCCAAGAGAAUGAACAAUUGCAAGGCUCUGGUUCAGCUUCUUUGCUUUGUGAAGUUCUUUCUAGUAGCUUCAGAAAGUGGGAUUCCACGGGAGUAGUUUGGGAUAUGUUGUUGUUUAUUGCGUCGAGAUCUAAAAUGGUAGAUGAUUCUCUCUAUAUCUUGGAAAAGAUGAAGGAUCUCAACUUGAAAGUGUCAACACAGUCAUACAACUCUGUUUUGUAUAGUUUUAGAGAAACAGAUAAGAUGUGGGAUGUGUACAAGGAAAUCAAUGAUAAGAAUGAGCACACGUACUCGACAGUUGUAGAUGGUUUGUGUAGGCAGCAAAAGUUAGAGGAUGCAGUUUCGUUCCUCCGAAAUUCAGAGUGGAAGGAUAUUGGUCCCUCUGUAGUUUCUUUUAAUAGUAUAAUGUCAGGUUACUGUAAAUUGGGUUUUGUAGAUAUGGCCAAGUCGUUUAUCUGUACAAUUUUGAAAUGUGGAUUGGUUCCCAGUGUAUAUAGUCACAAUAUACUCAUCAACGGACUCUGUCUAGCUGGUUCUAUCACAGAAGCUUUAGCAUUGGCUACUGACAUGAAUAAGCAUGGAGUGGAACCUGAUUCUGUAACAUACCAUAUUCUUGCCAAAGGGUUUCAUCUUCUCGGUAUGAUUGGUGGGGUUUGGGAGGUUAUUCAAGAAAUGCUAGAUAAAGGUUUGAGUCCUGAUGUUAUUACAUACACAAUAGUACUAUGUGGGCAUUGUCAGUUAGGAAAUAUUGAUAUGGGUUUAAGAUUGCUGAAGGAUAUGUUGUCGAGGGGAUUUGAGUUUCACAGUAUCAUCCCCUGCAGUGUAAUGCUCAGUGGUUUAUGUAAAACAGGACGAAUCAAUGAAGCGUUGUCGUUAUUCUAUGAUAUGGAAGCCAAUGGUCUGAGGGCUGAUCUUGUGGCAUAUUCUAUUGUGAUUCACGGUCUCUGCAGGUUAGGGGAAUUUAAUAUGGCUGUUUGGCUUUACGAUGAGAUGUGUACCAAAAUUCUUCCGAAUUCUAGGACAGAUGGUGCUAUUUUGCUUGGUUUAUGUCAGAAAGGGAUGUUGCUUGAGGCAAAAGCGCUUCUGGAUUCUUUGAAAUCAACUAGUAACACACUGGAUAUUAUUCUGUACAAUAUCGUUAUUGACGGGUAUGCAAAGUCUGGUUGCAUCGAGGAGGCACUAAAAUUAUUCAAUGUAGUAAUUGAGAGUGGGAUACCUCCUAGCGUUGCAACUUUCAAUUCUUUGAUUUACGGGUAUUGCAAAAUCUGGAAUAUAGCUGAGGCUAGAAGAAUCUUAGAUGUCAUCAAGUUAUAUGGAUUGGUUCCAAGCGCUGUGAGUUAUACAACAUUGAUGAAUGCAUACGCUAACUGUGGAGAUACUGAAAGCAUAGAUGAAUUGUGCUCGGAAAUGAAAACAAAAGGAAUCUCAGCAACCAAUGUCACAUACGCAGUGAUUAUUAAAGGACUUUGUAGCAACUGGAAACUCGAAAAAUGCAACCAGUUACUCAGGGACAGGAAACUCGGAAAGUGCAACCAGGUGCUCAGAGACAUGGAUUCUGAAGGUAUAACUCCAGAUCAGAUCACUUACAAUACAAUUAUUCAGUAUCUAUGCAGAGUUAAACAUUUAUCCAAAGCAUUUGAGUUAUUGAAAGAAAUGAAAUCCCGACAUCUUGAUCCUACGCCUGCUACUUAUAAUAUUCUAAUCGACAGCCUUUGUGUCAACGGUUACAUAAAGGAAGCUGACAGGUUUCUCUAUUGGCUCCAGGAGCAGAAUGUUAGUCUGUCCAAAUUUGCUUAUACCACACUGAUCAAGGCACAUUGUGUAAAGGGUGACCCAAAAAUGGCAGAGAAGCUCUUUCAUCAGCUGCUGGACAGUGGAUUCGAUGUUUCCAUCAGGGAUUACAGUGCAGUGAUCAAUCGUUUGUGUAGGAGACAUUUAAUGAAUUGCUUUCCUGGACAAUCAAAUCGGGUUUGUUGCCUGAUUAGUAAUCAGCAAAUGCUUGUCUUUUGUCACAUCUUAUCUGCUAACUGCAGAAGGCACACUUCAGUAGAGAAACUGUCACAUGAGAUCAAUCUUAGCUACUGGAUGGUAUCACCGGGCAACAGUUGUAUCACAUUAACUUCUUUGAAGGAUCGCAUUUUCGUCAGGUUCUUCUGGAAGAUAAAGUCACUGGUUCUUGUACUUCCUCAGCUUGGUUCACAAAUAAACGGGGAGGCAAAAUGGUCCGGCCAGUGGCAACAACCCCCAAUUAUAUGUUUAUAACAUGAUUGGUAGUAAAUAAGAGUAGUUGAUGGAAGUGGACAAAAGGGUUACUUCAGCUUUCUGUGAGGGGCAAGGGAGUCGAAACCCAUACAACUACAAACCAAGACUGGUGAAAUAAAAUCAAGCCUUUUCCUUUUUUAGACCAAAUUUAUAUCCAAGAUUCUUACUGUGACUUCUUGAAAGUUGUGUUGUUCUUGCUCAUUUAAGAGCAUAUCUUGUCUGUCUGAAGCAUCCUUUUGUAUCAACACUUCUAUUUUAAGAUCAGCACAUAAUUUUUAGUGAAGGAA